AUGUGCUUGCGUCUGUAUUAUCCUCGUUUGGGUGACAGCAUAGCAGUCAACGGCACAUGCCUGACAGUCACCACAUUCGACUCCUCCUCCUUUGUAGUCGGCCUUGCGCCCGAGACUCUCCGGCGCACCAACCUGGGGGACCUUAAGGAGGGCUCGCCUGUCAACCUCGAGCGCUCCCUGCGGGCCGACAGCCGCUUGGGUGGACACUUUGUGCAGGGUCAUGUGGAUGGCACGGGCGUCAUUACGAACAAGCGGCCAGAGGGUGAUUCGCUCUGGCUCACCGUCCAGUGUGACCCCUCACUGCUCAAAUACAUUGUCCCCAAGGGCUACAUUGCAGUGGACGGAACCAGCCUUACAGUGGUGGAGGUCAAUGAUGAGGAGAGCUGGUUCACCUUCAUGCUAGUUGCAUACACGCAGCAGAAGAUUGUGGUGCCGGGCAAGCAGAUUGGGGAUCGAGUGAACCUUGAGGUGGACAUUGUCGGCAAAUAUGUUGAAAGAGUGAUCGCGCCCGCAUAUAAUAUCCGCACCUGCAUUCACCUCCUACGGCCUGCGUGUCCCCGCUUCGUUUCCCCCGUUCCCCCCACGCUGCCCCCGCCGCUGACCGUCCCCCUUCCCUUCCCCAUUGCCCCAGCAGCGCCGGCGCUGAGUCAAACGGUGUUGGAGGCAUUGGCGCGCAACGAUCAGUUCCACGCGCACGUUUCCGCACUCGCUGCUGGCGGCGCUGCGCCGGAGCCCCCCGACGGCGCGGGUCCCUCUACUUCCGGCCGCACAUCCGCGUACCUCCGCCGUCUCCUGGGACUCGCGGGGGCGCCGCGGAGCACCAGCGUCUCCGCCAAUAACAGCUCCGCGGAGUCCUCCCCCCGCGCGCUCUUCCACGACUUCGAUGGGCGGAGCGGCCCCCCGUCGGCGCAGUCGUUGGCUGCAGCAGCAGGAGCCGGAUCGCGAGGGGGAGCGGGAGCGGGAGCGGGAGUGGGAGGAGUUCCCGUGCUAGGCGGAGUAAUGGGCCGUUCGCGGAAAGAGCGCAGCGUCUCCCCGAUCCCCGCGGCUUCCCGCCUCUCCACCUCCGCCGAUGCUUCUCGUGCGAAAGCGCGCCAGCACGACCCCAAGGCGCUUGCGCACGCCGCCCUGGCGGCCGUGACGACCGGCAGCGCUGGCGGCGCCGGCGGAAACUCCACCGCAAGGCACGGCGGCAGGGAGCGGGGAGACGCGCUGCGAGCGCAGAGCGCGAACGAGCACCUCCGCCUUAACUCUCACGGCGGUAACAGAAGCCGCGUGGUGCCGGUUAACGCGUCGCUGAAUACGAGCGACUCGCCGGACGCGCAUAACGGCUCCGCCUGCGCGGCAGAAAUCGUGGGCGGGCGAUCAGGCGGCGGAGCACAAGCGGCGGAAGGAUUAGGCGGAGAGUGUCGGCCGCGCGCGGCAGGAGGCACUACUGCUGGCGGAACCACGACCGCGGAAACCAUGGACGGGGGCGGGGAUGGCGCAAGACCGAUAGCCCUAGGGAACGGGCUUGGGGCGGAAUCGGGGGCAGGAACUGGGGAGGCGGCGGGCGCGGCGGUGGGCUUUUCCGCGGCCGGGCGGAGCGCGGGAGGCAACAGUGCCGCGCAAGAGAGCGCGAACUUCCCGCCUGAGGAAGCGGCUGCAGGCGGAAUGGGCGCAGCAGCGGUUCCUGCGGGGACCGCGCGGAAGAGCAGCAGCGUCGCCUCUACGAUCAGCGGCGGGAACUCCGCGCGAGUGAGGCGCAGCCACGACAAGAAAGGGAUCUCUGCCACGUCAUCAGGCGCCUCGACGAGCAACCCGUCUCUCCGUGGAGGCGAGAGCAGGAGUCGAGCCGCCAAGGGACACGGACACCCAACGCAGCAGCUGAUGCAAUCAGCGCAAGCGGCGCAGCCGGGAGGUUUGGAGGAAGUCGGGACAGGAGGGCGGAAGAAUGGCGGAGCGGGAGCUGCCGAUGGUGCGGUGGGUGGCGGCAUUUGGCAGCUUGUGCGCGAGGACGGGCAGGAGCACAGCCCGGUGUCAACACUGGACUUCAGUCAGGCUGCCCGACCAGCUGGGGAGACAGAGGCCGAGGGGCGAGAAGGGAACUGGGUGCCGACUAUACCGCCUGUGUCAGCCUCUCUGUCCUCCGUGCGGCCAUCUAAGGCUGUGGUGCUGCCAGGAGACGUGAUGCCGCGGGUGCUGUCUCCACCGCCGCAUGCACUCGCCGAUGAUCCCGCCUCCUCUGGUGCCGCCCACAUCAACCACAGCACGGGAGUUGGUGGCAGCACAGGCAGCACGGACCAAACCGGGCAUAGAGCAUCGGGCAUGGGCUCGGGUGUGACCAUGGGUGCAAGUGCAGGCGCAUGCAUGCAGUCAGGCGUUCCUAUGCAUGCAAACGGCAUGAUGGGCGGCAUGGGGGGCAUGGGAGGAAUAGGAGGCAUGGAUGCAGAGGGCAUGGAGCAAGACCUAGACUACGUGCGCCACAUCCUCAUAGCAGCUGGCUUCGCCGGUCCUCGCCUCCCCCCGCUCGACUCACAAGACCGCCCCAUCCCGCCGCACAUCUUCCCUCACUUGGAAUCCAGCAUCGUUGCCGCCGCAUCCCCUCGACCGCUACUUUCCUCGGCAUUCCCUCCCGGAAGCACACAGGCUGAGGAGCGGCGGCAGCGCCGGCUACUGUUUGACGCGGUGAACGAAGCACUGGGAAGACGGCUGGGGCCGUAUGUGGAGCUCCCGGUCUGGGCUGAGGGGCUGCGGGAGCCGCUGGUGCGGCCACGGCCGGUGGGGCUGGCUCUGCUGCAGGAGGUGUGGGGGGAGAUUCACGACUGGCCUGUGGCGGCGUCGGAAGAGGUUUAUGAUAUCCUGGAUGAUGCGGCGCGGCGGGAUAUGGGGAGGGGUGUGGACCGCUGGGUGGAUGUUAUUGAGGAGAUGGUGGGGGUGGUGAGGGAGGUGGAGGAAGCUGUGACGAUGCAGUUGAUUGGUGAAGUGGUUGGGGAGAUGACGGAUGUUGAGAGGCAGAGGAAGGCUCGGCGGAGGAAUACUACUGCUGCUGGCGGCGGCUCGUCGGCUGGUGGUGGUUCUGCGCCUGCUACCCCAACAAGGAGGCUUCUGAGGUCUAGUAGUGGGGGAGGGCUGUCGGUGCAGGAAUUGGUGGGAGGAAAGAAUGGAAACCCUCUAAAGGGAUUUCGGUGGCUGGGAAGAAGAGGGCUUUAG